UCAAUGCUUUGCAGUCAGUGCAGAAGGCUGUAUUACAGUCACUAAACAUAGUAAACAUGCUCGACAACAACAAUAACAAUAUCGAGAAGAAGAACAGCAAAAGUUAUUGGAAGUUGCUGCUAGAAAACAGAGAUUCGUAGAACGCAGAAUGAUAGGUGCUGGCAAGAUCAUGCUCGAAGAUGAAUCCACUAUCUGUGAAGACAUGCUUAAUGCUUUGGAUGUUAGUGGUCUUUAAGCAAAGGCAGCUGCUUUCAAUGAUUACAAUUUCGAGGCACCUAACCGAAGUCCAUUGGCAAUAGACAAUCAAAGAACAGCCAUUCUUGAACUUCUAAAAAAAAAAAUGUCAUCAUUGUUAAGGGCUUUACCAGUUGUGGUAAAACCACUCAAGUUCCCCAAUUUGUUUUAGAUGAAUGCUACCGAACCAAAACUCCUUGCAACAUUGUUGUGACUCAACCAAGGCGCAUUGCAGCCAUUAGCAUAGCCAAAAGGGUCUGCUAUGAAAGAAAUUGGACAUUGGGAACCGUUGUUGGAUACAACGGAAUAUUUUGUCACACUGUUAUCACAUUUACUAUUGCAAGCUAUGUGUUUACUAGGUUGGCAUGGAACAUCAAGUAAGUGAAUCAACUUUGCUCACCUAUCUGACCACAGGAUGCCUUUUUGAAGCAUUAGUAGCCAAAAAAUCCCUUGAAGGCUAUACCCACAUCAUUAUUGACGAAGUGCACGAGAGGGAUGAAGAUACUGACUUCCUUCUCUUGGUCGUCCGCAAGUUCCUCCGUCAUACGAGGACGACAACUAAAGUCUUUCUGAUGUCAGUUACUUUUGAUGCCGACAAAUUUGGCCAAUAUUUCAAUAGCCCCGUCAUUGGAAACUUUCCGUUCACGUCCAAAAGACCAUUUCGCAACGCUCCCAUAAUUGAAGUGGAGCACGGUGAACCUCACGACAUACGCGUUUAUUAUAGUGAACAUCUUCAAAAACUAGAGUUUCUAGAGGGGAGUAUGAACUACCUCUAUGAUAGCGUACCGGAAAUCCAUAAGCUCAAAUACGAAGCGGUCGCUAAGUUAAUUUCGGCUUUCGAUGGCAGACGAGAGAUACAGCGCUACGGUCGCCAUCCAAAAUCCAAAAUAUGAAAACAUUUCCAGCAACCGCAGCGCAAUACUUAUAUUCCUGGCCGGCGUCUGUGAAAUAGAAAAUAUGCACAAAGCUUUGCUCGACUACGACAUCAAUUCUGAUUUCGAGAACUGUUGGUACAUCCUACCACUACAUUCACAAAUCACCAGUGAAGAGUAAAAUCGCGUCUUCCAGCCAAUGUCUAGUCUAGCUCCACAUUUCAGUAAUUUCCGGAAAAUCAUUCUGUCCACGCAUAUCGCUGAAAAAUCGCUCACGGUGCCAGACGUUACCUACGUAAUUGAUUUCUGUCUCAUCAAGGAGCUCGUCACGGACCCAGAUACCAAUUUGAGUAGGCCAGUAGGCCGGAUACCACCGACGUCGGCAGAUUAUUAUAGUGCUGGCUAUACCAUCAAGCCCCCGCCACAGUGCAAAAGAGAAAAUGGCCGAGAGCCAGACAGCAAUGGUAUUUGACUUUGUUCACUCGGUCGGAUUUCCAUAUCUUUCUCUCUUUUUCCUCCAUCCGCGUUUAGAUCUAUCUAUAAAUUCUCCGCCCGGUAUUCUAGAUAGUAUACAUUCUGACCAAAAUUUGUCGUCUUGUGUAGCAGAGAAAUCCCGUAGCUCAAGCUUGAUUGAAUCUCUUCUUUUCCACGGUGCCGCUACAUCGGCUGAGUGCGGCAAACUAAUGUUUCUCUUCUCAUCAAUAGCUUUUGUGCUCUUGUCUUGCUGCUUUGAUGUUGAUUACAGCAUUUUCAUUAAACAAAUG